UCUCCAAAAAUGGCGACAAACGGGAGACAUUUGCUGCUGCGCUCUUCACAACUUCUGCGAAAUGCAGUUAUUAUUAAUCACGCCCCUGCUUUACAGAGGUCCUACUCAUCAGACAGGGAAGGAUGGCUAAACAAACUCCUACAUGUCAAAAAGGUAGAACCAGCAAAGGCCGCCCACUCAGAGGCUCUCACCAACAAAGAUGUCGUCUAUGAAAUGCAGAUUCACAACAUCAAACCAGACAGGAUGAGGGAGUACAUCCAAGCAUCGGAGCACUGUCUGAAGAGAAUUCACGAGAAUCCAGAUUUUCCCUGCUCGCUGUUUGGCAGCUGGAGUACAGCAUUUGGUCAUCAGGAUCAAGCAAUUCACAUCUGGUACUACAAUGAUGGCUACCGUGCUGUCAAGACAAUGUCGGAGAAGCUGUGGGUCGAUAAGGAGUACAAUGACUACAAGAAGCUGCGUGGCGAAAUGCUGAUGAAUCGGAGCAACUCCCUCCUCCUUCCGUUCAGUUUCUGGGGCGCGCCGCAGCCCCGGGAGCCUGGCAAUCUGUAUGAGCUCAGGAGUUACCAUCUCAGGCCUGGCACCCUGAUAGAAUGGGCGAACAAUUGGAAAAGUGGAAUUAGAUUCCGUCGGGACAACAACGAAGCCGUAGCGGGUCUCUUUACCCAAGUGGGCGACUUGUACCUUGUGCACCACCUCUGGGCUUACAAGGAUCUUCAGACUCGCAAGGAUAUCCGUGAGAAAGCGUGGCAGAAUCCUGGAUGGGAUAGUUGCGUGGCAUACACUGUACCCCUGAUUCGCAAGAUGGAGUCCAGAGUAAUGAUCCCCUUGCCUUGUUCCCCACUCCAGUAAAGACUACGGGGGCACAAAUACACCACCAGAUAAAUUUUGUCAAUUCGCACGACAGCCUUGUUGAAAGAAUUACGAAAUGAAGUUUCGUGUGUUCAGCGACUGGUCAAAUCGUUAACUGUUAAAAACAGUUUGGUAGAUGGUUUGAGCAACCGACAAAAAAACCCCCCACUCCUUAGCCCCAGCUCUAGUGUUUUGAAUGAAAUUGUUCCCUAGAGAAAUAUCGUUUCAGUUCUUGCAGAUUCUGCUUUUCAAGUGUUUGUACAAAAUAGAUACAUGUAAUUGGGUAUAUAGAAGUCAAAAAAGUUUUGUUGUGGUAUCUGAGAACCAUGUACUUCCGGGUUUGACAUCCAAGUGCUUAUCUUUGUGGGAGAUCAGAAAGGAGUUACUUCAGGUACACUGAAAAGACUUCGUCAGAUAUGCUGUCGUAAUCAUGGCACUAACACAUAAAACCAGCAUCGCAUGUGCAUACAAGUACACGUACUGCCACUGAUGACAAACCGUACUCUUAAUGUUUCAAUUACACCAUUACAAAAACAAUGUUCAGUUUGGAAAGGAUCGCUUCUCUGUUUAAAAUGUACAUGUAAUUCAUUAAUCGGACGACAAUUGAAAGCAAUUAGGUCAAAAGCCAUUUGUCCGAAACAGAAAUAGGAUUAUGGAACUGAAAAAAACCUAACCCUCCUGAGAUGACCGGGACGGGACUCCUGUAAUGGACUCAGUUUUGUUUCUAAUGCACACAUUUUUUUCUUAUAGAAAAUAUAGAAAAAUCAGUUACAGAAAAUCUGUGAUAAUUUCACGAGUGAUGUAACAUACAACAGGGGUGAGAUUUGUAAGGAGUUUUCCUGGUUUCAGAUUUUGUUAUUUUCAUCAGGACUUUCUUGAUUUCAGGAUUUUUCAAAUCUAAACAAAUCCUGAAUUUACCAUUCAGGUGUUGUAAGAUAGAUAAGUUGAUAAAUGUACAACACAAGGAAUGGGCAUAUUAAGGGUGUCUUUGGCCUUGCCGUGGGGCACGUGAAAGAUCUGGUGAUUAUUUCUUGGGAUGUUCCACUUUCCUUCCAGCUCACCCCCGAUACAGGUACAAUGAAAAUUGAGACUUUUCUCUCUCGAUCCUUGCAGUUGCAGUCGCAACUUACUUUUACUGAAACCCUCCAAAACCCACUUCUGGAAAUUAUAAAUAGGAGAAAUCUGAGUGUUUAAUUUAGCAAAUGGAUGUUGGUUUGAGUACCAUAGGCAAAUGUUUUACGAGUGUUGACACUUGGUCCACAACAGUCUGUCACAAGCCAUCCAGUUUGAAGUCACAAUCUCUUAAACAUUGACAAAAUGACGACAGUACUUGCCACUGUUAAUGCCAUUAUUUGUGACUGACUUGAUGGGCUGACUUGUGAUUUUGACUUGUCAUGGACUCGGCUGCAACUCUACUGUAAAUACCAAUAAGUUUUAAUUACGCGAACUGAAAGUCUUUAACCUAAUGGCGGAGAAGCUUGGUCAUUAAAUGUGCAGUUUUGAAUGAAAAGCCCAGA